AUGGCAACACUCUCGAAGACAGCGCAGUCAGCAGCACUGGUGCCGGGAACACCGUCCUCAGCGCCAAAAGGCCUGGAGAAAAGAAAGCUCGGCACUGCAGCCAAGAUUCGAGAGCGCAAGCGGAAGCGGGCAGCAGCUCGCAAGGAGAACCAAGGUGCUGGUGCCAAGUCCAGCGUGGAGGCAGCGACAACGACGACCGGAGGGUGUGAGGCCGCGGGGGCCGGGGUGAAGAAGGCCGCGGGGGCCAAGGAGAAUAAGCUGAAGAAGGCCGCUGGAACCAAAGCGAGGAAGGCUGUUGGUGGGCCGCUCGCAGAGGCCCUCCAAGCAGCCAUGACCGAGGCUGCUGCAGAGUCUUUGGAGACAGCGCCCGCAGCAAGCAGUGUUGCGCCGUGCGACUCGCGCAGUGGUGCUGGAGCGCCGUGCGACUCGCGCAGUGGUGCUGGAGCGCCGGCUAGUACGUCGAGGGAGCAUGUAGCCGCUGCCACGGCACAUUGUUCUCAUGGCAUUAUACCGGGGGACCUUAGUGAUAUGGGUUCAACAUCUCGCACCACCGACCAGGCUGCAGCUCAGAUCUUGACGGAACUUGCAAGCCGUGCUGUCGAUGGAGGCGUGCAUCACCCGGAGGUCAAGAGGGCUGCUGGUAGGACUGGCAAGGCGUCUCGUAGAGCCCAGACUGCUGCAACCGACCAGCGUGUCACGGCACAGUACCGUGUGCUUUGGCUCAGUCGUCUGCUCGUCAACCGCCGCUACUAUCAACGCACUUGGGAGCCUCUUCAGCAGCUUUUGGACGAUGGCUUCGUCAACGAGGACGAGUUUGGCAAGCGUGCAAUUGGUGCUGACGCUCGUGGCCUGUGCAUGUUCAAUGCACUGAAGCGUGCGGCCGAGCUUGCUGGACGCCCGGACAUCGUCACGCAAGAUGAUAUCGACACCUUUGUGGCUGAUGAACUCCGAGAGCAUGGAGUGGACCUCACAGUGGGCAUUUCGUGGAAGGUGGUGCUACGGUUCCUGCGCCGCCUGAGGGAUGCUGGCCGGGAUUUCAUCUUCAAGGCUAUCGACAAGGACAACUUCACUAUUGCUGGACGGCGUGGAGCACGUGUGCUGGAGGAAGUGCCUCUCUACAACGGACUUUACUUCGUUGUUGCCUACAACCACAGUCUAGUGGGGCACGCGUUCGGCUUAGCGUCCAAGGGAAGAAGGGCAGGGUUCGGUGCAUCUACGACUUAA